AUGUCUGGCCAUCCCCAGCACCCGCAGCAGCAGGGUGGUUAUGACGAUGGCUAUGGCCAACAGCAGGGCAAUGACGCCUACUACCAGGACGAUGGACGCGAUGGACGCGGCUACCAUGAUCAAUAUGACUACAAUCAACACCAACAUGGUGGAGAAGGAUACUAUGAUGAGUCUGGCUACUACAACGCAGAUGCAUCAAACCCUUACCACAACGAUGGAGGCUAUUACGAGGGUCAUCAGGGUUACCAAGAUGACUACUAUGAUGGUCAAUACUAUGACCAAGGAGCUGCAGGACAGCAAUACCAAGGUCAACGACCCCGACGCCGUGGCCACGAUUCAGAGGAAGAUUCGGAGACAUUUAGCGACUUCACCAUGAGAUCUGAUAUGGCUCGUGCAGCCGAAAUGGAUUACUACGGGAGAGGCGACGAGCGAUACAAUAGCGGUUAUGAGGGCGGCCGAGGAUACCGACCACCAUCUUCCCAAAUUUCGUACGGUGGAAACCGAUCCUCUGGUGCCUCAACUCCCAUUUAUGGCAUGGACUACAGCAACGCUCUACCGGCCGGUCAGCGAUCUCGAGAGCCUUAUCCUGCCUGGACCUCUGAUGCCCAAAUCCCUCUUUCCAAGGAAGAAAUCGAAGACAUCUUCUUGGAUCUGACAGCCAAGUUCGGGUUCCAGCGAGACAGCAUGCGCAACAUGUACGACCACAUGAUGACCCUCCUCGACUCUCGUGCCUCCAGAAUGACACCGAACCAAGCUUUGUUGUCUCUUCAUGCCGACUACAUUGGCGGUGACAAUGCAAAUUACAGGAGAUGGUAUUUUGCAGCUCACCUCGACCUCGAUGAUGCAGUCGGCUUUGCAAACAUGAAGCUGGGUAAAGGCAAUCGUCGCACUCGCAAGGCACGCAAAGCCGCCGCCAAGAAGGCAAAAGACAACCCGCAAAACGAAGAGCAAACACUCGAAGCCUUCGAAGGCGACAAUUCCUUAGAGGCAGCCGUCUAUCGCUGGAAGACUAGAAUGAACAAGAUGUCGCAGCAUGAUCGUGCCCGGCAGAUUGCUUUGUACUUGCUUUGCUGGGGCGAAGCGAACCAAGUCCGAUUCAUGCCUGAAGCUCUUUGCUUCAUCUUCAAGUGUGCCGAUGAUUAUUUGCACUCACCUGCUUGCCAGAACCGAGUUGAGCCCGUGGAGGAACUCACCUAUCUGAACGAGAUUGUCACGCCUUUGUACACGUACAUCAGAGAUCAAUGCUACGAGAUCAUAGAUGGAAAGUAUGUGCGCCGUGAAAGAGACCAUAACCAUGUUAUCGGCUAUGAUGACAUCAACCAGCUUUUCUGGUACCCCGAAGGUAUUGAGCGAAUCGUCAUGGAAGAUAAGUCCCGCAUAGUCGAUUUUCCUCCUGCUGAACGGUAUGUCAAAUUAAAAGAGGUAAACUGGAAGAAAGUCUUCUUCAAAACAUAUAAGGAGACAAGAUCCUGGUUCCACUUGGUCGUCAACUUCAACCGCAUCUGGGUCAUCCACUUGACAACUUUCUGGUUUUACACUGCUUUCAACUCUCCCACGCUCUACACCAAGAACUAUCAGCAACAACUUAACAACAAACCCCAUACCCCAGUGCAGUGGUCGGUGGUGGCGCUUGGUGGCGCGGUCGCAUCUCUCAUUCAAGUCAUUGCAACUUUGAUAGAAUGGUCUUAUGUUCCUCGUCGAUGGGCCGGCGCUCAGCAUCUUACCAAGCGACUCUUGUUUCUCAUAGGAGUUUUGGUUCUGAAUGUUGCCCCCAGUGGCUACAUCUUCUUCUUCAACCAAACAUCCAGAAUUUCGCUGAUCUUGGGUGUGGUGCAAUUCUUGAUCGCGCUCGCAACGUUCUUCUUCUUUUCCAUUAUGCCUCUCGGUGGUCUAUUUGGGAGUUAUAUGAAGGGAAACUCUCGCCAAUACGUUGCGAGCCAGACUUUCACUGCUUCAUACCCACGCCUCAAAGGGAACGAUAUGUGGAUGUCUUAUGGUCUGUGGAUCAUGGUUUUUGCCGCCAAAUUGGCGGAAUCAUACUUCUUUUUGACCCUUUCGUUCAGAGAUCCUAUCAAGAUCCUCUCGUACACCAAGAUUCGCAAUUGUGCUGGUGACGCCAUUCUCAAGGACUACCUCUGCAAGUAUCAGCCUCAGAUUUUGCUCGGUCUUAUGUUCUUCACCGACUUGAUUCUUUUCUUCCUGGAUACUUAUCUCUGGUACAUCAUCUGGAAUUGUGUUUUCUCAGUUGCUCGAUCCUUCUAUCUGGGCGUCUCUAUCUGGACCCCAUGGAGGAACAUCUUCUCUCGUCUGCCAAAGCGUAUCUACUCCAAGGUUUUGGCGACCACCGACAUGGAAAUCAAGUACAAGCCCAAGGUACUCAUUUCUCAGGUUUGGAAUGCCAUCGUCAUCUCCAUGUACAGAGAGCACCUUCUGGCCAUUGACCAUGUGCAAAAAUUGCUGUACCACCAGGUUCCUUCGGAACAGGAAGGCAAGCGAACUCUGCGAGCGCCGACCUUCUUCGUUUCGCAAGAAGAUCAUUCUUUCAAGACUGAGUUCUUCCCCUUGCAGAGUGAAGCUGAGCGCCGUAUCUCGUUCUUCGCGCAGUCUCUCUCCACUCCGAUUCCAGAACCUCUACCAGUGGACAACAUGCCCACAUUCACUGUUCUUAUUCCACAUUACGGUGAGAAGAUCUUGCUUUCUCUUAGGGAAAUCAUCCGUGAGGACGAACCCUAUUCCCGCGUUACUCUUCUCGAAUACCUGAAGCAACUUCAUCCCCACGAAUGGGAUUGCUUCGUCAAGGACACAAAGAUUCUGGCAGAUGAAACAUCCCAGUUCAACGGAGAUUACGAGAAAUCUGAAAAGGACACUGCAAAGAGCAAGAUCGACGAUCUUCCGUUCUACUGUAUCGGCUUUAAAUCUGCCGCUCCUGAGUAUACCUUGAGAACUCGUAUCUGGGCCUCGCUUCGCUCACAGACCCUGUAUCGUACUAUCUCAGGUUUCAUGAACUACAGCAGAGCAAUCAAGCUUCUGUACCGUGUCGAAAACCCCGAAGUCGUUCAGAUGUUUGGUGGCAAUUCGGACAAACUGGAGCGUGAGCUUGAGCGCAUGGCAAGACGCAAGUUCAAGAUUGUCGUGUCAAUGCAACGGUAUGCCAAAUUCAAGAAGGAAGAACGCGAGAACACCGAAUUCUUGCUCCGCGCGUACCCUGAUCUUCAAAUUGCCUAUCUCGAUGAAGAGCCACCGGCGAAUGAAGGCGAAGAACCGCGUCUCUAUUCUGCCUUAAUCGAUGGUCACUCUGAAAUCCUCGAGAAUGGAAUGCGUCGACCCAAGUUUAGAGUGCAACUUUCCGGCAACCCAAUUCUUGGUGACGGUAAAUCUGACAACCAGAAUCAUGCCAUCAUCUUCUACCGCGGCGAAUACAUUCAGCUCAUUGAUGCCAAUCAAGACAAUUACCUUGAGGAAUGCUUGAAGAUUCGAAGCGUUUUGGCCGAGUUCGAGGAAAUGACCACAGAUAAUGUCUCGCCAUACACACCUGGACUUCCUCCUUCGAAGUUCAAUCCAGUUGCUAUCCUCGGUGCUCGCGAAUAUAUCUUUUCCGAAAACAUUGGUGUUCUUGGUGAUGUUGCUGCUGGCAAGGAACAAACGUUCGGCACACUUUUCGCUCGUACCCUAGCACAGAUUGGCGGCAAGCUUCAUUACGGCCAUCCUGAUUUCUUGAACGGUAUAUUCAUGACUACUCGUGGUGGUGUUUCCAAAGCACAGAAGGGUCUACACUUGAACGAGGAUAUCUACGCCGGAAUGAACGCGCUGAUCCGUGGCGGUCGCAUCAAGCAUUGUGAAUACUAUCAGUGUGGCAAGGGUCGGGAUCUCGGGUUCGGCUCCAUUCUGAACUUUACAACCAAGAUUGGUACUGGUAUGGGUGAACAGAUGCUUUCCCGCGAGUACUACUACCUCGGAACUCAACUCCCUCUUGAUCGGUUCUUGUCCUUCUACUAUGCCCACCCUGGCUUUCACAUCAAUAACAUGUUCAUCAUGUUGUCUGUGCAGAUGUUCAUGCUUGUUAUGAUCAACCUCGGUGCCCUCAAACAUGAGACCAUCACCUGUUUCUACAACCGCAAUGUUCCCCCAACCGAUCCCUUGAGACCUACCGGAUGUACCAAUCUGACACCAAUUAUGGAAUGGGUCGAACGUUGUAUCGUCUCCAUUUUCAUCGUCUUCUUCAUCUCCUUUGUCCCCUUGGUUGUACAGGAAUUGACGGAACGUGGCGUCUGGCGUGCUGCUACCCGUCUGGCCAAACAUUUCGCAUCUUUCUCAUUCAUCUUUGAAGUGUUUGUUUGCCAGAUUUAUGCUAGCUCGAUCCAACAGGACUUGUCAUUCGGAGGUGCUCGCUACAUCGGAACUGGUCGUGGCUUUGCCACUGCUCGUAUCCCGUUCGGUGUGUUGUACUCGAGAUUUGCUGGGCCAUCCAUCUACCUUGGCGCCCGUUCCCUGAUGAUGUUGCUUUUCGCUACUAUCACUGUUUGGGGGGCUUGGCUUCUAUGGUUCUGGAUGUCCCUACUCGGUCUCUGCAUCUCACCCUUCAUCUUCAACCCCCACCAGUUUGCCUGGACGGACUUCUUCAUCGAUUACAGAGAUUAUCUCCGAUGGCUGUCCCGUGGAAACUCUCGUUCUCACGCCUCAUCUUGGAUUGCUUUCUGUAGGCUGUCACGUACACGCCUCACUGGUUUCAAGCGCAAGGUCCUCGGCUCGCCGUCGGAAAAGCUGUCUGGAGAUGUCCCUCGAGCUCGAUUCACCAGCAUCUUUUUCAGCGAAGUUGUCGGUCCAUUCGUACUUGUCCUCGCAACUUUGAUCCCAUAUCUGUUUAUCAAUGCUCAGACCGGCGUUACGACCGAUAUCAAGCCUGCAACAAACUCUCUAAUUCGUGUUGGCAUCGUCGCCUUCGCCCCUAUUGCCAUUAACGCUGGUACUCUGGCAGUUCUGUUCGCCAUGGCAUGUUGUAUGGGCCCUGUCCUGAGUAUGUGUUGCAAAAAGUUUGGGUCCGUUCUUGCUGCUAUUGCUCACGCGGUUGCGGUUAUUAUGCUUUUCGCAUUCUGGGAGGUCAUGUUCUUCCUCGAGGGCUGGAUCUUUGCUAAAGCACUUUUGGGCAUGAUUGCCACUGUCGCUCUUCAACGGUUCAUUUUCAAGCUGAUCAUUGCCCUGUGCCUAACUCGAGAAUUCAAGGCCGAUUCUUCGAACAUUGCAUGGUGGACAGGAAAAUGGUACUCCAUGGGCUGGCACUCAAUGUCCCAACCCGCUCGUGAAUUCCUUUGCAAGAUUACCGAGCUUGGCUUUUUCGCUGCGGAUUUCAUUCUUGGUCACUUCAUCAUGUUCAUCAUGCUUCCAGCCCUCUGCAUUCCAUAUGUGGACAAAUUCCAUUCCGUCAUGCUCUUCUGGCUGCGCCCCAGUCGCCAAAUUCGCCCACCGAUUUAUACCAUUAAACAAUCUCGCCUGCGGAAGAGACGUGUCAUUCGCUACGCAAUUCUCUACUUCCUCCUGCUUGUUAUCUUCCUCGCAUUGAUCGUUGGACCGGUGAUUGUCCGCAAGUAUAUUACCGCCUUGCCGUCAAUUCCUAUGGACUUGUAUCAGCCCACCAACCAAAACAACAACGAUACCUUUUCCAGUAUUACUGGUUCUGCGUUGGUCGAUUUCGGCAAUGGUGGCGCCGCCGCAACUGGAACUGCAGGUGGCGGCGAUGCUACGGCUGCAACAGGUGGUGGAGAUGCAACAGCUACCUCUGCUUUGUUCACCUUCCGGCGGUGGUAG